AUGGCCGGCGGCGACGGUGUCGCCGGAGAGUACGAUGGGACUCUGAGCUUCUCCCUGGACGGAAGGGUGCGAUCCUCCAGCUUCGUGCUCCACUACGGGGAGACGGGCUACUCGCCGAUCACUCUCCAGUUCGACCCGUUUGCCCUGACAAAGCUGCAGAAGGACGUCUCGCGCUUCGUGGGUGGAUACCUGGCCAAAGAGUGGGAGGUCAAUGGGCCAGAUAGGAAGAAGCGCUACGAGAAGACGUCGGCACGGGCCCUUGUUGCAGAUGUCCACCAGCAGGAGCUUUCGCCGACAGCUGCGUUUGGGUUUGCGAUGGUAGUGAUGGCGACCGAAGAAAACCUGAAUGACUGCGGUGUUUUCGUGCUGGAGAACAUGUUGCGGUCACUGUCCAUGAAGAAGGAUUUCUUGAAGCAGAUGUCCUCAGCAACGCCGCAAGUGAGCCCUCUACAGCCCUUUACCUCUUCUGCAUGUGUUAAGGAAGACAUGACGGUUGGUCGUGCAGAUGACUUCCACUUGCACCAGAGGCUAGACACAGCAAGUUAA